CCAAAGCCUCUUUCCUCUGUUAUAGUUUCCUCUCUGUUAAGUUUUGGUCUCUCUUAUAUCUCUCUGUUUCUCUGCUUCUCCGAAAUUCUGUUUCUCUGUUUCUCUGCUUCCUUUUCAUAUAUCUGUUUCUCUGUUUCUCAUGCUAACAUCUUGCUCUCUUUGAUCUCCUACCUUAUUUUCUCAUCAAACGCGUUUUCUUUUUCAGUUUGAUGCUUUAAUAUAGUGUUAUUGAUGUUAGAGACUCAUGUCUCCAGUAAUCAGUGAAAUCCUCCUUUCUGGGUUUAUGAUCAAUUCCACCCUCAGGCGCAGGACCCAUUUAGUUCAAUCUUUCUCAGUUGUUUUCCUCUACUGGUUCUACGUUUUCUCAUGAACUGCGUCUCCUCUAGAUCCAAAACUAUUUAGUCAUUAUAAUAAUAUUGCUAUUUUAGUUUGUUUUCGACAUAGUUUUACAUUCGGGUCCUGUGCAAUAUUAUAUUAUCUCUGUUUUAAUCUUUGGUUUCCUAGUUUCUUUCCAAGCUAAUAACAUUUCUUCCUAAUUAUUGUUGUCGUUGUUGGUAAUUAAAUUUGCUAGCUUUUUGUGAAGCAUAUAUUAUUAUAGAUCACAUAUACAUAUAUAUAUAUAUAUAUGGCUUCUCCUAGAAGGGCAUCUUCAGGGUCGUCAAGCACGCUUCAGAACUCAUCAGGUUCGGAAGAAGAUCUACACCAACUGAUGGAUCAAAGAAAAAGGAAAAGAAUGCUUUCAAAUCGGGAAUCGGCCCGGCGUUCUCGGAUGCGAAAACAGAAGCAACUUGACGAUCUGUCAGCGGAGGUGGGUCAGCUGAGGAAGGACAACAACCAAAUCUUGAUGAGCAUGAACAUCACCACCCAGCUCUAUAUCAACCUUGAGGCAGAGAACUCUGUGCUCAAAGCUCAGAUGGCUGAGCUCAACAACAGAUUACAGUCACUGAAUGAUAUCAUUGAUUAUAUAAAUUCAAGCAACUGGCUUGUGGAGACCGAUCAUCAGGAUAUGAUCGUUUCUGAUGGGUUUGUGAAUCCCUGGAAUUCAAUUCAUGUGAAUCAACCAAUCAUGGCUGCUGCUGAUCACACUUUUAUGUAUUGAUCUUGUUUCGGAAUUAUUGGUUGUUAAUUAUGAAUUACAAUAUGAGGGAUUGUUGAAACACGUAACAAAAGCAAAGAAAAAAAAAAGUCAAUUAUUUGCAAUGUUUUCUGGGACUUUAGAUGAAUGAAAUACCCAAAAACAAAAAAAACCAAUAUUAUGGGGUUCAAUCAUUGAAAAAUUAAACUAUGCUGAUGUAAGAGGGCCUGUCUCUGGUUUGUUCUAAGUCAUAAAAUAAAUUUCUUUUAUUUUGAAAA